GCAAAUUCACACAACACUACUCACUCUUUCUUUCUACUUUCUAGUUUCUACACACAAAAGAGAAAAGAAAAACACUUUCUUUGUUUCUAAGAAAUUACCCAUCUCUAUCUCCUUUUUUAGUCUCGAACUAUGGCCUUGGAAGCUCUGAAUUCUCCAACUACACCCACUCCUUUCAGCUUUGAAGACAUGGAACAUCAACAAUACCCAGAGCCAUGGGCGAAAAAGAAGCGCUCAAAGCGACCCCGUUUUGAAAACCCAACUACAGAAGAAGAGUACCUCGCUCUUUGCCUCAUCAUGCUAGCUCGUGGCGGCGGAGACGCUGCCACCACGUCUACCAGUGAGCCGCCGACUCUGAAACUUUCAUACAAGUGCAGUGUAUGCAACAAAGCGUUCCCUUCUUACCAAGCUCUCGGUGGACACAAAGCCAGCCACCGUAAAUCCGCCGCCGAAUCAUCCACCGCCACUGCCGCCGCCGCCAACGAAAACAACAACCACCACACGUUGACUUCUUCCACUUCUGGUCGGACCCACGAGUGUUCUAUCUGCCACAAGACUUUCCCCACUGGUCAAGCCUUAGGCGGCCACAAACGCUGCCACUAUGAAGGCGGUAACUCAGCCAACAGCAACAGUAACAACACCGUCGCCGCCGCAAGCAGCGGUGUCACUUUCUCUGAAGGCGGUGGAUCCACCCAAAGCCACCGUGACUUUGACUUGAACCUGCCAGCCUUGCCUGACUUCUGGACCGACAAGAAAAUCAGUACUAAUAUUCAUCAGCUUUUGGUGGAACAAGAAGUUGAAUCUCCUUUGCCAACAAAGAAGCCACGAUUGUUCUUGAUGAGUCAAGAAGACAUGAUUGUUUCUUCACAAGAUUGAUUUCUUGGAUUGGAUUUUUCUUUUUUUUAGGUCUUUGAUUGUUUUAGGGAAUUUUUAUUUUUUAUUUAUUAAUGAAUUGUUUCUGUACAGUGAAUUUGUUCAUUGAUUGUGAAACGAAUCACUGUUAAUAUCUCAGUUAUGUUCAUCAUUUAUUUAUUAAUUCAAUAUUGAUUCAUUUAUU